AUAACUUCACACAAGCAUGACACAAACCGAAACUAAUCUCUGGAACGAAUUAAUUAACAAUAAUUGUUCAUUUGUUCAUCUUCAAACCUAAAAAUAAAAAAACAAAAAUAGAAAUAGACAGUUCAGUUUUAAUUCCCACUACACUCACAAACCAAAAGACAGUUCUCUUUCUCAGUGCUCUCUCACACUCACCCUCUCUCAUUCCACCCCAAUACCCUAAUUUCAAAAUUUUCAAAGCCUUUCUUCUUCCUCUUCUUCUUCUUCUAUUUUUUAAUGAAGUCUCCUUGUGAUUUUUACUUGUGUUUCAGCUCGGUAUGUUUCGGCUAAAAUAGUUGAGAUUAUUUGGUACCUAAGCUAUAUCACGGACAAUACUGUGAACGAUGGAUGUUGCUGAGGUUGAAGAAAAUCUAGUUGCUGCAACUGAUGCUAAGUUACAUGGACAAAUGUGCAAGACUCUUUCUGUAAUAUAUUGCAAAGUAUUGUCUGUAUUUCCUUCUUUAGAAGCUGCUAGGCCUAGGAGUAAAUCUGGUAUUCAGGCAUUAUGUUCAUUGCAUGUAGCCUUGGAGAAAGUAAAGAAUGUUCUUCAGCACUGUUCAGAGUGUAGUAAACUUUACUUGGCUAUAACUGCUGAUUCCGUCCUCCUAAAAUUUGAGAAGGCUAAAUCUGCUCUUGAAGAUAGUCUUAGACGAGUGGAAGAAAUUGUUCCACUAUCUAUUGGGUGUCAGGUUCAGGAGAUUGUGCAUGAGUUUGUGACAAUAGAAUUUGCACUUGACCCAUCAGAAAAGCAAGUUGGCAAUGAUUUGAUUGCAUUGCUCCAACAGGGAAGAAAGUUUAAUGAUUCUAGUGACAGCAAUGAGCUUGAAUGUUUCCACCAGGCUGCUACUAGACUUGGAAUUACAUCUUCAAGAGCAGCUCUUGCCGAAAGAAGAGCUCUCAAGAAACUCCUAGAAAGGGCUCGGUCAGAGGAAGACAAGCGGAAGGAAUCAAUUAUUGCAUAUCUCCUGCAUCUUAUGAGGAAAUACUCCAAAUUAUUUAGAAGUGAGUUCUCAGAUGACAAUGAUUCUCAGGGUUCUGCACCUUGUUCUCCCACUGUUCAGGGAUGUAUUGAGGACAGUGUUCCUGGUAGUCAUUGUCAAGCCUUUGACAGACAACUUUCAAAAUUCAGUUGCUUUAAUUUUAAACCAAAUAGUGGUAGGAAAUCAGGGCAGAUGCCUCUUCCACCUGAAGAGUUAAGGUGUCCUAUAUCUCUGCAACUUAUGUAUGAUCCUGUUAUCAUUGCUUCUGGGCAAACAUAUGAAAGAGUUUGCAUAGAGAAAUGGUUCAGUGAUGGGCACAACAACUGCCCAAAGACCCAGCAGGAACUUUCACAUCUUUGUUUAACUCCUAAUUACUGUGUUAAGGGCCUUGUUACUAGUUGGUGUGAACAAAAUGGAGUUCCUAUUCCUGAAGGCCCUCCUGAAUCUCUUGACCUUAAUUAUUGGCAGUUAUUAUCAGAGUCUGAAUCUACAAGUUCAAAAGCUGUAGAUAGUGUCAGCUCUUGCAAGUUGAAGGGUGUUGAAGCACUUCCUUUGGAAGAGAGUGGUAUCUCAGAGGAAUCUGUUGAAAAGGGAACUGAAAGUGUGUCUGCACAAGAGGAAGAUACAGAGCAGUAUUUUAGCUUUCUCAAAGUUUUGACUGAGGGGAAUAAUUGGAGUAAGCAAUGUCAAGUGGUAGAACAGUUAAGGUUGCUGCUGAGGGAUGAUGAGGAAGCCCGGAUUUUUAUGGGGGCUAAUGGGUUUGUCGAAGCACUUUUGCACUUCUUGCAAUCAGCUGUGCAUGAAGGUAGUUUGAUGGCUGUGGAAAGUGGAACAAUGGCUCUCUUCAACCUGGCUGUGAAUAAUAACAGAAAUAAGGAAAUUAUGUUAUCAGCUGGAGUGUUAUCAUUGUUGGAAGAGAUGAUUUCUAAAACUGGUUCUUAUGGUUGUAUUACCGCUCUUUAUUUGAAUCUCUCUUGCCUUGAAGAAGCCAAGCCAAUGAUUGGCAUGAGUCAGGCUAUCCAGUUCCUAAUCCAGCUUCUCCAAUCUGACUCUGAUGUUCAAUGCAAGCAAGAUGCUCUCCAUGCUCUCUAUAAUCUUUCUUCUAUGGCCUCUAACAUUCAACACCUCCUUUCAUCUGGCAUCAUUAGUGGCCUACAGUUCCUUCUUGAAGGCGACACUGAUUGCUUGUGGACAGAGAGAUGCAUAGCGGUUUUGAUAAAUUUAGCUGCUUCUGAAGUUGGAAGGGAGGAAAUUGUAUCAACUCCCGGACUCAUUAGUGCACUGGCUUCAAUACUGGACACUGAUGAGCUCUUGGAACAGGAGCAAGCAGUCACUUGUCUCCUAAUUUUGUGCAAUAGAAGUGAGGAGUGUUGUGACAUGGUCUUGCAAGAAGGGGUUAUACCAGCAUUGGUUUCAAUAUCAGUGAAUGGGACCCCAAGAGGCAGAGAAAAAGCUCAGAAACUGUUGAUGCUGUUCCGAGAGCAGCGGCGGGACCAUUCACCAGUUAAGACACAUCAGUGCCCACCUGAAACUGUUGAUUUGUCUAUGCCUCCAGCUGAAAUGAAACCGCUAUGCAAGUCAAUUUCAAGACGAAAGUCUGGGAGAGCUUUUAGCUUUUUCUGGAAAAGCAAGAGCUAUUCUGUCUACCAGUGCUGAGGUUCCUUUGGUUGUUGUAAAUCUGUGUUAGCAUCUUUACUUUUUUGUGGCCGUGCCUUUAUCCACCUCUACUUCCUGUUCCUAUGGGUGCUGCUUGAUUUUUGGUUCAAAGCGAAGAAGAGAUGUACAGACCUUUGUAAUUUAUGGAUUUUGUUUUCUUCUUUCGCUUUCCUUUGUAACAUCAAUGUUUCCAAGUGUUAGUUUCCUUAUUUUUUAGGGUGGGGUGUUCUUAGGCUUACAAACUUGAAAAUAACUGUGAAUUAUGUGUUUAGGUGUUUCCUCGGUGAACAAAAUCUACACAGAAAGAUCUGUGUAGUCCCUACAGAAAAUAAAGCAGGUUACGACUAGUAGUUAAGAGAGA